CAUUUUACACACUGACUGCCAGUGAACAGAACAGAGUGAUUUUUCUUCGUACUCGCAACGACGUCGCAGGCCAAAAUUUUGCGUGUGUGUCGCUCAGUAUUAUUUGAAACUGAAAAAUUCUCGAAAUUUGCUGUGCACUUUUCAAGGUAGCGAGGAGAGGCAAGAAAAUUCAUUGUGCAAAAUGAACGCCCAUCAAGCAACUAGGGAACAUGUCCUUGCAGUUUCACGGGACUUCAUUUCGCAGCCCCGUUUAACUUACAAGACCGUGUCCGGAGUCAAUGGUCCUCUAGUCAUUCUCGAUGACGUGAAGUUUCCAAAAUUCGCAGAAAUCGUGCAGCUGCGUCUUAAUGAUGGCACCGUACGCUCCGGCCAGGUGCUUGAGGUGAGUGGAUCUAAGGCCGUCGUCCAGGUGUUUGAGGGCACCUCCGGCAUUGAUGCGAAAAACACGCUUUGCGAGUUUACUGGCGACAUUUUGCGCACACCCGUGUCCGAGGAUAUGUUGGGUCGCGUCUUCAACGGCUCCGGCAAGCCUAUCGACAAAGGUCCCCCAAUUUUGGCCGAAGAUUUCUUGGACAUUCAGGGCCAACCCAUUAAUCCCUGGUCACGUAUCUAUCCCGAGGAAAUGAUCCAGACUGGCAUCUCUGCUAUCGACGUCAUGAACUCGAUUGCGCGUGGUCAAAAGAUUCCCAUUUUCUCCGCUGCUGGUCUACCACACAACGAAAUUGCCGCCCAAAUUUGUCGUCAAGCCGGUUUGGUUAAGCUGCCUGGAAAGUCCGUUUUGGAUGAUCACACCGAUAACUUCGCCAUUGUGUUUGCCGCUAUGGGUGUUAACAUGGAGACAGCUCGUUUCUUCAAACAAGAUUUCGAGGAAAAUGGUUCUAUGGAGAACGUGUGCUUGUUCUUGAACUUGGCCAACGAUCCGACCAUUGAGCGCAUCAUCACACCACGUCUGGCUUUGACUGCGGCCGAGUUCUUGGCCUACCAGUGCGAGAAGCACGUGUUGGUCAUUCUGACCGACAUGUCCUCAUACGCCGAGGCUUUGCGUGAGGUGUCCGCUGCCCGUGAAGAGGUGCCUGGUCGCCGUGGUUUCCCCGGUUAUAUGUACACUGAUUUAGCUACAAUCUAUGAGCGCGCCGGUCGUGUCGAGGGUCGUAAUGGCUCCAUUACACAAAUCCCCAUUCUUACUAUGCCCAACGACGAUAUCACCCAUCCAAUUCCUGAUUUGACAGGUUAUAUUACUGAGGGCCAAAUCUAUGUCGAUCGUCAGUUACACAACAGACAGAUCUAUCCACCAGUUAACGUGCUGCCGUCGUUGUCGCGUCUAAUGAAGUCUGCCAUCGGCGAGGGCAUGACCCGCAAAGAUCACUCCGAUGUGUCCAAUCAGCUGUACGCUUGUUACGCCAUCGGCAAGGAUGUGCAAGCCAUGAAGGCUGUGGUUGGUGAAGAGGCCUUGACGCCUGACGAUCUGUUGUACUUGGAAUUCUUGACGAAGUUCGAGAAAAACUUCAUCUCGCAGGGUAACUACGAGAACCGCACCGUUUUCGAAUCCUUGGACAUUGGCUGGCAGUUACUGCGUAUCUUCCCCAAGGAGAUGCUUAAGCGUAUUCCGGCCUCCAUUUUGGCUGAAUUCUAUCCUAGGGACUCGCGCCAUUAGAUUCUUUUUAUUGUUCUGUUUUUGAUUUUUGUCCAAAAUUUUGUUCAUACAACAUACUUUAAGCUGGCACAGCAUGCAGCGUGCCUCCCUUUGCAAUAUCCCGCUGUGUACGCGUAUAAAUAUCUAUACAUAAACUACAAUACAUACCAACAUUCAUAUAAAAUAUAUAUGUACGUUUAAAAUUGAAUUGGGAAUACAUAGAGAGGUCCUAUGCGUUGGCCAAGCACAACCUAUACAAUAACUAGUUCAAGUUCGAAAACAUAACGUAAAACGAGCAAAAAAUGCUUAUCAAAUCCUCUAAUGUAAAUAAAUACUAUAUGUAAUUGAAUGGUUCAGCCUAUAUGUCGUAUUCCCCACAUAAACUUAUUAAAUUUGUUGUCAAAUUGAUCGCCUUUUUGUUAAA